AUGGUGGAGGUUCAUGAGAUGGUGACCUCUCAGGGUAAGGAUCCUUUCGCCUUCAUUAAUAGUUAUAAUAGGUAUGGGUUCCUCAGUGGCUCAGAGUGCCUUCCUUCAGCUCCGCUAAAGGAGGUCACAGUGUUCGUAUUUCUCCCAAGUUAGAGGCCAGAAGCCUGGCUGAGAAUAAAUAUUCUUGCUUCUCUGCUACAAUUAGCCAGUGAAGGCUUCUGGGUUGCCUCUCUGUGGAAGAGCAUUCUUUAGGUGGGGAGCCAGCACUAAAAGACGCAUUCCGUAUUGCCUCUCUUUGCACCUCAAUUGGAGAGGGCACUGUGAGAAGGACCUCUGAUGAUGAGUGCAGGCUCUAGGUGGAUUCAUGAGAAGCAGUCCUUGAGUUAAAGGUAAAGGUAAAGGGACCCCUGACCAUUAGGUCCAGUCGUGACCGACUCUGGGUUGCGGCGCUCAUCUCACUUUAUUGGCUGAGGGAGCCGGUGUACAGCUUCCGGGUCAUGUGGCCAGCAUGACUAAGCCGCUUCUGGCGAACCAGAGCAGUGCACGGAAAUUCCGUUUACCUUCCCGCCGGAGCGGUACCUAUUUAUCUACUUGCACUUUUGACGUGCUUUCGAACUGCUAGGUUGGCAGGAGCUGGGACCGAGCAACGGGAGCUUACCCCAUCGCAGGGAUUCGAACCGCCAACCUUCUGAUCGGCAAGUCCUAGGCUCUGUGGUUUAACCCACAGCGCCACCUGCAUCCCUUCAGUCCUUGAGUUACAUAGGUCAAAAUCAGCACCUUGAAUUGAAGACAGCAACCCAGAAAAGGUUUUAUGUGCUCAGAGCAUCUUGCACCGGUCAUCACUCUGUAGUUUCUGAACGGUCUUCUAAAGCAGCCUGAAGUAUAAUGCAUUGUGGCAAUCUAGCGUGGAGAAUGGUGGAAAAAGCAUACUAAAAAUCUUCUGUGUGGGGGAUCCUAAUUUGUAGACUACUUGAGUAUCUUGUUAGUGAUAUUGGUUUCUAUUGAUGUAUUGGUUUGUUUGUUGCAUGUCCCCCCCCCCUCACCCCACGAGACCUCCAAGGAGUGCAGAGCCGCCACCCCCCAUCCACUGGCAAAGAGCCUUUUCAGAUCCUGACAAACCUGAGUGGUGGAAUGUCUGCCCUCUUGUGGACAUGCCCUUGUUGGGGGAUGAUCCUUUUCGGGACUUGGCUGGAGGGGAGAGGACUCACAAAGCUUUGCUGCCCAUCCCACUUCGCCCCUGGAGGCCGGGGAGACUAGCAGCAAAGCUGAGCAGUGACGCCCCUUUGGGGGAGACACCUGAGGCAGCCGCCCCACACAGGCCCAUAGGCAGGCAGGCUCUGUUGAUGUUAUUGCCUGCUGGUUUAAAUUGUUUUAUUUAUGGCUUGGUUAAUCUUAGGGACUGCUCACCAGGACUUUUCUGAUACAAAUAACCCUUCAUUAAAUGGUGAUAUUUCAUUAAAACCAGGUAUCACACCAUUGAUUUUUAUGUAAAACACCUUUAACAUAGUGCCAGGCCUUGAGUUUUGAUAAGGAAACAGCUGUAUCAACCUUUAUUUUAAAUUUUUUAUUCCAUCAGGAGAUGUUUGGGGGGUCCUGGAUGAGGAGGAGCCAUCAGAAGUCUGGCCAGAAAGAGGUGAGGCGCAAGAGAACGAAAGGAAGUUGGGGGUUCAAGAUGGAGCCAACAAACAAGAGAGGAGAGAAACAGUGAAGCCAAGGGAUGAACACAGUGUUUCCCAAGAAGAUGAAAAUCAACUUAACAGGGUGGAGAAAAAACAUGAAUGUACUGUGUGCGGAAAGAGAUUCUGUAGUCGCUCAGCCCUUGCUACACAUCAAAGCGUACACUCAGGUGAAAAACCUUAUGAAUGCAUGGAGUGUGGAAAGAGAUUCAGAAACAGUGGCCAACUUAAUGUGCAUCAGAUAACUCAUACAGGGGAGAAACCUUAUGAAUGCAUGGAGUGUGGAAAAUGCUUCAGAUCCAGUAGCUACCUUACUUUGCAUCAAAGAACUCAUACAGGGGAAACCUUAUAA